GAGGAUUCGCAACCCAGGCGCUACCUCUGCUGGCUGCUCGUCGACCUCGAUGUCCAGCUGAGCUUUCUCUUGGGUCGCUGUCCUUUUAUUGCCCCUUUUCAUGGCAUUCCCCGGCCGUCCCCAACCGCCUCGCGGCAAGAAGAACAGGACCUGCAGGAGAACGCCCACGACUUCUCACAGUACAUGAUGGAAGUGUUGGAUCGCUUCAACCGUGGCAAGAAUGACCCGCAAAUGAUGUCUUUCCAGGAGAGAGGGAGCAUGUUAGAAGCGUACCUGAGUCGACUGUGCCAACUGCAGUCGAAGCUGUCGCCCAUUCCUCCAACCGGCGCUUCUGACACUUCGCUGUCCAUUGCAAUUACCCAACAUCAUAUUGACGUCCAACUGAUGCUGAUGGUGCUGCAUUGCCAGAUGUUGCGGUCGAUGCACAAUCAGCACACAUCAGCCAAAAGAGCCAAGUACAGGGAGUUGUUGAAGUGUUCUCGAAUGAUUACUGAAAUGUUCGACUCGACCUAUAGCCUCGACCCGACCGAGACCGCUUCAUCCUGGUCACGGUGUUUUGGUGUCUUUUGCGCCGCCGUUAUGUUGGGCAUUGCUACCAUCCGCCAGGAGGUGGGUGUGAGUAUAGGUUCGAAGCGUGUGGAGCGGACCCUAGAAAUCUUCAAAAAUCUGGCGAAAGCUGGACAGGCCUCCGGAGUUGCGGAGCUGGCCAAGAAGUCCCUCGAUCUGGUUGUCGAAAGAAUCCGAGAGCUUGAACACCCUCCCACCCCCGCCACCGGUCUCGCUGUCGGGCCGGCCGUGACGUGCCCGACAACGCUCACUGGAGAAGUUACCCCUCUGGCGGCACCCUCGACCGAUCCGUCGGCCGAGGUAAGGAGGAAAGUCACCGGCCUGAAGCGUCGCAGAAGACCAAGCCUUGAGGGGAAGAUAGGUGCCAACAAACGACAAAUGUUCGAGUUGAAGGACAUAGCUCCGAGCAACUCGGAGCAGAGACGUGCAAGUUGGUAUGACGGUGCAGAACAUCAUUACGUUCAAGCUAUGGCAGCUUUCCAUGAUCCACGUCUCAGCAGUGCCCCGACCGGACCCGACUCGCAGAGCUUUCAUGACCAAUGUCCUCCACUGGCUCUUUCGACCCCAUUGCCCGAGCCUGGUCAUCAAAUGGCGCUGCCCAGUGUAGGGUUUGAUUCGAUUCAACUCGGGGACUUCCAAGAAAUCCAGGCGACUCAUUACUGGGGACAUCCUCCAAUUCUGGGCGGUCCACCGGUAUACGACAGUUGUGGGCAAGCUCGAUUUCCCCCGUACGAUGCGGUCUCUGAGUCGCAAUGGGGUCUGCUAAUGGACCAAAGCGGCCAUCUUGAAUCGAUCCCGCCCGGUGGCGAGUAUGCUGGCUUCGCUCCCCUCAGGCAAGAGGCGACGGUUCACCACGACCCCGGCACGGUAAUGAAUCUUUCGAUGGUGCGCUCGCUGUGCACGACGCAGGCUAUAUAGAUCAAAAAGGUCCGAGGUCCAGACAGAGGGGGCCAACGGUCGUGACAGGCACCUUCUCUGGCCUUUCCCGUUGGGUGUCCCCUCCCCCACCCCUCUCUC